CAUUGUGAUCUUUCCUGAUUUUCUUUUACUUAGGUAACAGGAGAGUGGCUCCAUGGCUCACACAAAUGAAUCAGUGGUAUCUGAGUUUGUGCUUCUGGGACUUUCUAAGUCUUGGGAACUUCAGCUGUUCUUUUUUGCCAUCUUCUCUUUGGUGUAUGUGACAUCAGUUCUGGGCAACAUCAUGAUUAUUGUUAUAAUUUCUUUUGACUCCCAUUUGAACUCUCCUAUGUACUUUCUGCUCAGUAACCUUUCUUUCAUUGAUAUCUGCCAGUCUAGUUUUGCAACCCCCAAGAUGCUUGUGGACUUCUUUGUUGAACACAAGACUAUCUCCUUUGAGGGCUGCAUGGCCCAGAUAUUCCUUCUUCAUAGUUUUGUUGGGAGUGAGAUGAUGUUGCUUGUAGCUAUGGCAUAUGACAGAUUUAUAGCCAUCUGUAAGCCCCUACACUAUAACACAAUUAUGAAUCGGAGACUAUGUAUAAUUUUUGUGUUUAUUUCCUGGGCUGUGGGUAUUCUUCAUUCUGUGAGUCACUUGGCUUUUACAGUGGAUCUGCCAUUCUGUGGCCCCAAUGAGGUAGACAGCUUCUUUUGUGACCUUCCCCUUGUGAUAGAGCUGGCUUGUAUGGAUACUUAUGAAAUGGAAAUUAUGACCCUAACUAACAGUGGCCUGAUAUCAUUGGGUUGUUUUCUGGCUUUAAUUAUUUCCUACACCAUCAUUUUGAUCACUGUUCAUCGCCGGCCCUCCAGCAGGUCAUCCAAGGUGCUUUCUACAUUAACUGCUCACAUCACAGUAGUGAUUCUUUUCUUUGGGCCUUGCAUUUACUUCUAUAUAUGGCCUUUUAGCAGACUUUCUGUGGAUAAGUUCCUUUCUGUGUUCUACACUGUUUGUACGCCCCUGUUGAAUCCCAUCAUCUACUCUCUAAGGAAUGAAGAUGUUAAAUCAUCCAUGCGAAAGCUAAGAAACCGUCAUGUGAACUCCUGGAAAAACUAGGGAUAACCAUGAAGGAACAUAAUCCUGAAUGGGAAUGAAGAGGCUCUACUGGAUCACAACACCAUGCCAACUAUUUUUGC